AUGCCAACGGAGAAACCUGCUCGAUACAACCGACUUGUUCAGCUCGACAUUAGCCGACCGAUGGACGCCAUGGGUCAAUUCAAUGCAAAGGUAGUCGACGGCCGCAUCCCGAUCGUUCUCAUUCCAUCGUACCCGACAUUCUUUACUUUCAUGCAGCAAAUUCCAUCGGGCGUCUGGGUGUUACAGCAAACGUGGAAUGCCCACGCUGGAAUGAUGAAUCCUGGUUUGAAAGUCUUUUGGCCAGCGUGGAAUCGGGUCUCCCACAUCGUAACCAAGCAAGCCGUCGCUUACUCAAACCCCGUCUUAGGUUGCCUCACCGCCGACAAUGUUAUGGUCGAUAUCGACAUCUCCAUCAGCUUCCAGAUUGGACCAACAGAGGACGACGCAGUUAAAUUCGUCUACGUCCUAGGCGCUCAUCGGCUGGAUGAGCUUCUCUACAGUCUUACGGAGGAAGCCAUUCGUGGACUUGUCCAUUCAGUCCGAUACGACCAAUUUGGUGUUUUCAUUCACAAUGUCAAGGUGACGAAUGUCGACCUCCCUCCGUCAUUGUCUUCAACACUGGAAGGAACCACUGCCUUCAAAACACGAAUGGAGGAACAAGAAAAGAACCAUGAAAACCAACUUCGCAUACUGAUAAACGAGGAGACUCGAAAGCACACUGCAGUGCAAAAGGAGAACGAACGAGCCGUCCAAGAUUUGUUGGCUGCAAAAGCUCGCGCAAAUAUCAUCCGCAAUGAGUUGCGAACAACUGCUGAAGCCAAGGCCCAGAUGACGAUCGCACAGCACAAAGCAGAGUAUGCAAACAAAAUUAAGGAGGCUGAGGGAUUCAAGAUCGACGCCGUGGCUACAGUAACGGCGGCUUCUGUGCGAGCACAGACUCAACCCGCAGUUGAUCUCGCGAAUCUCAAGCAAAACUACGCGCAGUAUAUCGCUGCUGCCAAGAUCAAAAGCGAUGGCAUGGUUAAAGCUGCGGAACACGAAGCUGCAAAAAUGUCGGCGGAUGCCGAAGCCGAAGCAGUCGCAGCGGCUUUCCUAACAGAAAAGAGGUCGUUUGACUACCAACAGAAGAAGAUCCGCCUGGAGAUGGGCCUUGCACAUGUCGUUCCAAUGGUUAUCAGUGGCAAAAAUGGAGACGAUUUGAUCCGCCAAACAGUGCUUCAGACAUUCGAUAACAAGAAGUUACCCCCUGGGUAA